CCCUCGGCGCCUUCGUCUGCUACGUGGACGUAAACAAAGUGUCAAAAGUGGACGUGCGGGCGACGAGGAGGCGCCUGGAAGCAUGAAAACAGUCCUGGAGGGAAGCUGGAAACGAGGAGAGAGGAGUGAUUGAAGGGAGCAAGGCGAGAAAAUACCACAGCAGCGAUAAAAGGCGUGAGAGGAAGGAGGACAGAGAAAUAGACGAGGAGUGAAAGUACCGGGGAAGGAACCAUAAGGGAGGAACAGGAACAGAACAAGUAUAUUAAGGGUCAGGGGCGGCUACUGAGGCUGUUGGAGGUCAAGGAGAGGCUACUGAAGGAGGUGCAGGAGGAGGAGUUGGUGUGGGAGGCGCAGAAGAAGAAGGAGGCGGUGCAGGAUGGAUUACUUCAGGUCCGUCACGCAGUCCGUCCUGGGCACGCCGCAGCCUGGCCAGCAGCCUACAGGGGCGGAGACGGUUGAGCGGCUGAUAGACCGAGUACAGUCUUCCACCCUCCUGGAGGACCGCCGUGAUGGCUGCCGCGCCCUCAAGUCAAUGUCCCGCAAGUACCGAGUCCUGGUGGGGGCGCACGGAAUGGACACCCUCGCACAGGUUCUGGAGGUUGACCGGAGUGACCACGAGAUUGUCAACUACGCCAUCGAGACCCUGGUCAACAUCACAUCACCCGAGACCUUCCAGGAGGAGCUGGAGGAGGGCGAGGACCCGUCACUCUCCAGCUACUCAUCCAUGGUGGGGGAGCAGUUCACUGAGAUCUUCACCAAGCGUCAGGAGAACAUUGAGCUCCUCAUAAACCUCCUCGACGAAUUUGACUUCAAGGUCCGUUACCCCUCCGUCAAGCUGCUCACCAACCUCCUCAAAAACAGGCCCAAGGAUCUACAGGAAGUCAUCUUAGUCAUUCCCAGCGGUGUCUCCAAACUGAUGGACCUCCUCUCAGACAGCCGGGAGGUGGUCAGGAAUGAUGCCCUGCUGCUCCUGACCCAGCUGACCAAGAGCAACACCAACCUCCAGAAGAUUGUGGCCUUCGAGAACGGCUACGACCACAUCUUUGAGAUCAUCCGCAGCGAGGGGUAUGCGGAUGGCGGGGUGGUGGUGGAGGACUGCCUCAUCCUCAUGCUCAACCUCCUCCGCAACAACCCAUCCAACCAGACGUUCUUUAAGGAAGGAAGCUACAUUCAGAGGCUCUCAUCCUUCUUCUCCCUACCUCUGGACUCCAACGAGGGAUGGUCUGCACAGAAGGUCACCAACAUCCACUACAUGCUUCAGCUGGUCAGGUCACUCGUGGCACCCCAGAACCCAGCGCAGGCCGUGACCUCCUGCCAGCGCGUCAUGAACCAGUGCGGGCUGCUGCAGACCCUCACGGCCCUGCUCAUGGCCUCGGGGGUGCCGGUGGAUAUCCUGACAGCCACCAUCAACACAGUGUCCGACAUGAUCCGCGGGAAUAUACCCAACCAGGAGUUCUUUGCUAGUAUGAUGGCGCCGUCCACCCCGCCCAGGCCUGCCAUCGUGGUGCUGCUCAUGUCCAUGGUGAAUGACAAGCAGCCCUUCGUCCUGCGCUGCGCCGUUCUCUACUGCUUCCAGUGCUUCCUAUACCGCAACCAGACUGGCCAGGCACAGAUCAUACAGACGCUCCUGCCACAAACUGCUGACGUUGUACCGGGAGCUAAGCCAUUUCCCAACUCAGUCACCGCCGGUCAGCUCCUGUGCAGUGGGCUCUUCUCGCCGGACCCCGUGUCCAACUGGUUCGCUGCCGUUGCCCUGAGUCACUCCCUGGUGGACAACCCGGGCCAGAAGGAGAACAUGUUGCGGGUCCAGUUGGCCACGAGCGUCGGCAGCCCCCCAGUGUCCCUUAUGCAGCAGUGUACGUCGAUCCUCCAGGCCGGCCCCAAGGUGCUCACUCGCCUGGGAAUCCUCAUGCUGCUGUCCACUUGGCUAGCACACAGUCCCGUCGCCGUGCAGACUUUCCUGGCCAUCCCGUCUGCCAUCCCGCACCUCACCACACAUGUGAGUCACACUGAGCAGGACGAGCUGGAGAGCGUGAGCCAGGGCCUGUGUGCCUUCCUGCUGGGGCUGUGUGUGCAGUUCAACGACGGUUCUGGCACUAGCUUCUCAGGGGAGUCCCUCAGGCAGCUGGUGACAGACAGGAUUGGCGUGGAAAACUUCUCUGAUAAACUGAGCAACAUCCUGCGAACGGAGGCGUAUACGAAAGCCGUCAAGUCGCCUCAGAUGGCUGUCAAGCAACCGUCAGACCUGGUGUUUGAUCAUGAGUUCUGUCGACUGUUUAAGAGCCUGGAAGUGACGUGCAUGAGGGCCGUGUCGCCUCAGCUGGCCGGGGGAAGCAGCGCAGAGGUCAGUCCGGUGGAGGUGACCAAGUACAAGGACAUCAUCAGGGACCAGGACGCCAAACUCACACAGAUGAAGGAGAAGCUGUCUGGGGUCCUGAAGGAGGUGGAGGAGCUCAAGUCGGGCAAGGAACAACUGGCGGCGAAGGUUCAGCAGCUGCAUGAUGAGAACACAGUCCUGAGGGUGCAGCAAGGCAUCUCAGGGGAAGCCACAGUUGCAAGCGAAGGGAGUGGCCAACCAGACACAACCACAGCCACCACCACCACCGACGACAUCACCAGCACCACCACCACCACCACCACUAGUGCUGACUCUGACGCAACAUCAACCACCACCACAGCCACAGCCACGGAUCAGCAGCAAGUGGAGCAGCUGACCAUCCUUCAACAGCAGCUUGCCGAGAUGACCCAUGCACGGGAUUAUUAUUAUUACGAGAUGUAUAAGAAGGACACGGAGUUGACGACACUGCAACAACAACUACAACAGCAACAACAGAGCAGUGAAGUCCAACAGCAACAGCCUGGUCAGCAAGUCUGUGGUCAGCAGCAAACAGCAACAAACAGUGGAAAUCAGCUCACCAAUCACCUUGAAGGACAGAACGCAGCGGACUUCUUCGACUCGCUGUCCAACCCCGAGAUGGAGAACCUUCGCAAGCAACUAGAAGACUUGCAGCUGGUCCUCUACAACAAAGACUCCGAGAUCCAGCAGCUUAAGGAGGUCGCCAGCACACAACCGCACCCUUCACAGCACAACGGACAUGGCGAUAGAGAUGAGGUCGUCAGCACAAAUGAAGCACACGAAAAGCUACAUCACGAGUGCGCAGCGUUGAAGCAGCAGGUUAAGGAUUAUGAGAUACACAUCAAGCAGCUCCAGACCCAGCUAGAGACGGCGGCAGCAGCAGCAGCAGCGGCUACGGCGGCGUCUGUGGCGUUGGGCCCGGGCUCUGGGACGUCGGCGGAGGCACGGUGCAAGCAGCUGGAGGAUGAGCUUGACACCAUCAGAAGGGAACAGGAAGACUUGCUGGUGCUGGUGACGGAUCAAGACAGCAAGAUGUCCGAGUACCGCCGCAAGCUGAGGGCGUACGGCGAGGACGUUACAGAGGAUGAGGACGACGAGGACGAGGAGGGGGACUUUGCCAUCAGUGAGAACUUCGACGACGACCUGGACGACAUUCAGUGACACGCAUUGUUCUCAGGCCACGACGGCUUGGGACUAAUCGCUGGGGCUGGGGAGGGCUACGUCAUCACUCCAAACUACCUGAGCUUUAUCACCUGAAAGAAGUACACAUAUAAAACAGUUUCCCUCUUUUGCAGAACAUUCUUGAGUUGCUGGAGAUCAUUAGUGACAUUGGGGAGGGUUACAUCAUUACCCCAAACUAUCUUAGCCUUAUUACCGGGAAGAUCAUAGAAGGCAUAGGAGACAUAGCAAUUACAUAUAAAAAUCUUUCCCCCACUCGCAGAAAAUCCUUGGGUUGCUGGAAAUCAUCAGUGACAUUGGGGAGGAUUACAUCAUUACCCCAAACUAUCUUAGCCUUAUUACUGGGAAGAAGAAGAUCAUAGGAGGCAUAGGAGACAUAGCAAGUACAUAUAAAAACCAUUCCCCCACUCGCAGAAGAUCCUCAGGUUGCUGGAAAUCAUUAGUGACAUUGGGGAGGCCUAUGUCAUUACCCCAAACUAUCUUAGCCUUAUUAACAGGAAGAAGAAGAUCAUAGGAGGCAUAGGAGACAUAGCAAUUACAUAUAAAAACCUUUCCCCCACUCGCAAAAGAUCCUCGGGUUGCUGGAAAUCAUUAGUGACAUUGGGGAGGGCUAUGUCAUUACCCCAAACUAUCUUAGCCUUAUUACUGGGAAGAAGAAGAUCAUAGGAGGCGUAGGAAACAUAGCAAUUACAUAUAAAAACCUUUCCCCCACUCGCAGAAGAUCCUCGGGUUGCUGGAAAUCAUUAGUGACAUUGGGGAGGGCUAUGUCAUUACCCCAAACUAACUUAGCCUUGUCACCUGAAGCAAGACCAUAGGAGGCAUAGGAGACAUAGCAGGUACAUAUUAAGACCUUUCCCUACUUACAUUAUCCUCUUGGGCUAUCAGAAAUCAUCACUAGGGUUAGGUAGAGAUAUGCCAUUACUCCUUAUGGUUCUAACUAUCGUAACUUAUUCCUCUGAAGCAAAUACACAUACAAGACCUUUCCCAACUCACACUAUGUCCUUGGUCAGCCAGAAAUCAUCACAAGAGUUAGGUAGAGAUAUGCCAAUACUUCUUAUGGUUCCAACUGUCUUAACUUUGUCCCCUGAAGCAAAUACAGUACCUCAACCUUCCCUCUCACUCACAGUUUAUGCCCUUGUGGUGUCGAGAAUCAUCACCAAGACUGGGAAGGGUCAUGUUAUUAUCUCCAAGGCAGUCUAGUAUCGGAACGCCACCUCCAGGCACAUACAUUCACUACAUAUACGAGGUUAUUCAUGUACUGCGUCAGACGCCCUCAGUGUAACAUUACGAUAGGUUGGGAAGGACAUGACAGGACUUCCACCAUUGCCUGAACCACUUAUAUAUAUGGGGGAAAUACUCUCCUACUUCUGAUGGGAUACUUCAUGAUGACUUGUGUAUUGCCAGAGUCAUUCAUGCACCUCCUCAGACAUCCAGAAUUGUUGCAAGGAGGUUGGGAAUAGCAUGACAGGACUAAACCACUUAUAUGUAUGGGGGAAAUGCUCUCUCCUACUUCUGAUGGGAUACUUCGUGAUGACUUGUGUAUUGCCAGAGUCAUUCGUGCACCUCCUCAGACAUCCAGAAUUGUUGCAAGGAGUUGGGAAUGACAUGACAGAAUUUCCACCAUUGCCUGAGCCACUUAUAGAGGAAAACAUUGAAAAAUAAAUGAGUAUGAGAGCAAUGUGACUUUAAAGUGUUAGAAAUAGAGGGAUUAGCACUGGAUUGAGCAAGAUAGAGGAGGAGGAUCAUCGCAAGUCUGACCCCAAGAAUAGAAGAUGAUGGAUUUUAACAGAAUGAAAAAAGAAGUAGAAGAUAAUAAAUGAGUAUGGAGAGAAAUAUGACUUUGAAGUGUUAGAAAUAGAGGGAUUAGCACUGGAUUGAGCAAGAUGGAGGAGGAGGAUCAUUGCAACUCCGCCCCCAAGAAUAGAAGAUGAUGGAUUUUAACAGAACAAAAACAGAAGAAGAUGAAGAAUGACUCACUCCUACUCUGAUUUGAUACUUGAUGGUUACUUGUAUAUAAGGAAUGUGUCGUUUUCUCUAUAUAUACAUACUCUUGAUACCUCCAAAAAGAGAUUGUUACUAAGUUGAGGAUAUAGAAAGUUAAUAGAGGCAGUACAUUUAUUCAUGAAGUUUAUUUUUAUUAGGUAAGGGUCUGUUUAGGAUAUACAAGACAGGCUGAACUUGUUAAUAAAAGAGAAGAACAUUA